CUUGUCCGGCUGAACCGACGCCUGGGUCUCCGACAGUGUUGAGGGGGGAGGAGGACGGAGGAGUUUGGCGCAAAGCCUGCCGGGGCAUGGAGUCCCGGUGAGCUUUGCGCGCAAGUGCGAAGAGGUGAGGGGGCUCGGGGGGCCUCGCCUGGGAGAGUGAAGCUGGCUGCCGCAUCACAGGAUCAUCCAGCCCAAAUGCCGCCAGUGCUGAGGAGGUCGAGGGAGGAGGCUGAGGUCCUGUGAUGCCCAGGUCACCCCUGGGAGGGGCUGAGCCAGGAUUUAAACCUGUCCUGUCCCAGGAGGGAGUCACAGCCCCCCUUCUUCCAGCACCUGCCAUCUACUGAGUACUGAGUGCAGCCCCUCUCAGGAGCCUUCUGAGGCAGCUCUCGGCUACACCAGGCAGGUACUCCUGUUCCCCGGGCUCGCAGGCCCCCAUGGAGGCCCCGUCUGCCCCGUCUGUGAAGCAGGAGGGCCGGGCCCUGGACUCACCAUGGCACCGCUUCCGCCAUUUCCACCUGGGCGACGCGCCAGGUCCCCGUGAGGCACUGGGCCUGCUGCGUGCACUGUGCCGAGAUUGGCUGCGGCCUGAGGUGCACACCAAGGAACAGAUGCUGGAGCUGCUGGUGUUGGAGCAGUUUCUGAGUGCCUUCCCGGCCGAUGUCCAGGCCUGGGUGUGCAGCCGGCGGCCGCAGAGUGGGGAGGAGGCGGUGGCCCUGCUGGAGGAGCUCUGGGGACCAGCGAUGAGGGCCCCUCGAGACACGACAGAAGGCUCCGGGGUCAGCCUUGGAAAAGAAGAUAGUAGGAUGGUCCCAUUAGGAGACACAGCUCUGGGGGCUGAGGAGCCAGCAACAGGGGACGCCCAAGCCACCCGUCCCUACAAGCAGGAACCGGGCAGCCCCCCACCAGCGCCACCCACGCCAGUCCUGCCCGCCUUCCUGGCUGCCUCGGGCGCCACGUCCUGCCCCGAGUGCGGAAUGGCUGCCCUUAAGCCGGCGCACCUGCUGCGCCACCGACAGAGUCACUCGGCCGAGAAGCCACAUGCCUGCCCCGAGUGUGGAAAGGCCUUCCGACGCAAGGAGCACCUGCGGCGCCACCGCGGCACACACCCCGGCGGCCCCGGACCGGCCUUGCGCCCGCUGCCUGCCCGCGAGAAGCCGCACGCCUGCUGCGAGUGCGGCAAGACCUUCUACUGGCGCGAGCACCUGGUGCGCCACCGCAAGACGCACUCGGGCGCGCGGCCCUUCGCCUGUUGGGAGUGCGGCAAAGGCUUCGGGCGCCGUGAGCACGUGCUGCGCCACCAGCGUAUCCACGGUCGGGCUGCAGGUGGUGCGGGAAGGCCGGGUGCGCCAGGCCCCGAGGGCGGGGGGUCCUUCCCGCCCUGGCCUCUGGGGUAGCCGCCCAGCCACCCUUGGUUCCCGCUGUGCUGCCGGGUCUCUCCAGCACCGGCUCCUCUUCCCGCCUUCUCUCCCUCUCUCCCGUGUUUACACUGUCCGAUGCCCUAACGUUCUCUGUUUUUCCCAGCUCUGCCCCAGACCUCACUUUCCUGUUAAGCUCUCACUUCCAUUCUUCCUUACUGAUCCCUGAGCCUCUCCCAUCCCGUGGAAGGUACCUCCUCAUUGUACCCUCCUGCUUCCUUCCCUCACAAUCCACUCCCUUACCCCGGCGGUCAGGAGCAGCAGGCCGGCCCUUUGAUAGAGAGGAGGCUGAAGGUAGGGGCUAGGUCUUGCUCCUAGAGACCUCCUCAGGACAGUUUGGGGCACAGGAGAGGAGGCCGACAAUGGAUUCCUUGGUCCCGCUGCCCUCCGUGAUGCAGGAAAACAUGAGAUGGACAGAAAUACCCUCUCUGGGAAGCCUGUGGGAAAUGACAAUUCAGCAUCUGCAGAGUAAUAAAGUCACUGAUGAGGUGUGCAGACCAGA